AUGCUAAAGCACCGUCAAAAUGGAAAUCAUAACUCUACUUUAUUAGAUGCUAAUGAAACUUCGAUAUUUCAAGCAAUUAAUGUGCCUAUGAAUGAAAAUUUCACAAUUUCUGAAAAACCGUCAUUGUCCAAUACAAAACUUGGAGAGUAUGACGAAGAGAAAGAUAUUUUUGCAAACAUUGGUCGUGCAACUUUGUUCUGUGGGCCUGCGCAGAAUUAUGAAGCUUUUAUUUCUAUGAAUGAUCCCGGAUAUUUUCCAUUAAGAUAG